UUCCGUGACGAAAGAUUUAUACGUUGAAAUUAGACGUUUUACUUUUGUUUUUUUUGUAGUAAUUUUAAACUGUUUUCGGGUUCUUAUUUUUAAAAAUUCUUUAAAGUAUUUUUAGGAAUUGUAUAUACAUAUUUUUUAAUAAGUAGAAAUUAAUAAUUAUUUUGCAAAUAAUGUGGAGAGAUUGGCCAUUUAUUUUUAGUUUUUUUCAUUUUACUUUUCUCACAACAUUAUUAUUUGCUCAUCAAUUGCCACAACAACAUGUUGAACAACAACAGGCUAAAUUUGGUGGAGAGCAAGUUAAAGAUGAAGAACAUAUCAAAGAACAUUUGGAAGGGAAAGUUGAUCCAACGGCGCACAUGACCCCCGAGCAACUUCAAUUUCAUUACUUCAAUAUGCACGAUCUGGAUAAAAAUGGAAAAUUGGAUGGAAUUGAAUUAAUUAAAGCAAUUUCUCAUUAUCACGAAGAAAAUUCUGCCCAGCAAAAUGCCCCUCCUGUACCUGAUGAAAGUCAGCUCGAGACUAUGAUUGACACUAUAAUCAAAGAUGAUGAUUUUGAUGGGGAUGGAUAUAUUGAUUAUGGUGAAUUUUUGAGGGCCCAGAAAGUGAGAGAAGAACAAGCGAGAGCCGCCAAUCCUCCACAACAACAAUAAUGUAUUAUUUUUUCUUUUAAAUAUUUCCAUGUGAUA